CCCUGCAACCUAGAGAUCUAAAAACUUCUUCCGGAAUCUAAAUUUGUAUGGGAGUCCUAAAUGGAGAAUCUGGUUUUGAAACUCCAAGCAUCCAGAGAUUGAUUUUUAUUCCAUAUACAAAUGUUGUGUAAAUGAAUGAUAGAUCUGGAAUUUGAUAUUUCAAUCCGAGCAUUAAAUUAUGAAAUUAUAGUUCCUGGUUGUGGAUUAAAUAUGAAAAUUCUUCCAUACACAAUAAGCUUUCUGAACCUAAAAUAUUGGACAAAAAAUCACAAGUGAAGAAAUUCGGUUUCCAGAAGUACUGGAUCAAAUAAUCCAGAAACCAGAACCCGUAAUCUAGAAACUAUAAAUCAGCAAUCAGAUGUAACUACUCAAAUCCAACAUCAACUUUCCAUAAAUUUAGAAGUUUCAUUUCUUAAAAUUUAAAAAAUGAAACGAAUUGCUCAGGAAUUCAACAUCUCGAAAUGAAUAAACAAUUCAAGCUUUAGGAAACAAACCACAAUUAUAAAUUUAAUGAUUUUCGUGCCAAAAGUAGGACUCUGAAUUUCUAAAUUCUCUUUUAAGAUUUUUUUAUCCUUAUGUAGAGUUUAGAUUUUAGAAUCAAACUUCUCCAAACUUUCCGGGGUGCAGCAUUUCAAUAGACAGAAUUUGGUGUUUCCAUGCCGCAAAUAGUGAACCAGAAUACAAAAUUUGAAGCCAAAAAUUCAGAAUCGUGAAUUCGAAAUCAUAAACUCGAAUUCGAUACAAAUUUUGGAAUGAACCUAGAAUUUAGCAUCCCAAAUCCGGAACCACAAGUUUCAAUGUCUCCCAUGUUGGAUGCGAACCAUUUCCCAGAAUCCGCAAUCCAUCUAGUUUAGUGUCACAAAUAUUGAUUAUCUUGCGGAUAAUGGGUUCUGGAUUAGAAAUUAAGAGUUCCGAACUUGGAAAAAGCUUUUAUGUUCAAAGAUAGGAAUCGGGACAUAUCUAUUUUCGUGAUUUCUGACAGUAAAACAUUUGGUCAUUCUCAAGCAACAAAGAACUCUCGUAAACAUUUUUGUUUAAUUUCAAUUAAAUUAUGUUUGAGCGCUCGAAUAAAAAUUCAUAAAAGAUACAUCGCUUGCAUAGUAUCCAUUUUUGUUGAAAAGUUGAAAUGAAGUACUGCAGUUAGCGUAGAUUGUACGAGUGCAUUAAGUAUUCUCGAUGGUGUUUCUAGAAUAGCAAUUAUUUCAUCAAUCGUUAUCUAGAAUAGCGCAAUUAUUAAUAUUUUUGGGGCUUUUGUAGUUCAUAACAUAGCUAAAGGUACGAAGGUGCGCUAAUAAUAAUAAUAAUUUAUUAGUAUAACUGGCAAAGGUUAACGCUUAGAUAUUUAUCAACGUAUUUAGGUGGUAUUUAGGCUGCUAACAAACAAAUCAUUAAUUCCGCAGAAUCAAGCCAUGCACCAAGGGUGAUUUAGCUAUUAUUUGCUUUGGCAUUUUUGUGACCAUAUGUCACAACCAUAAACACACCAGAAAAAAAAAACACAGCCAGAGGAGCUUGCGGGUAGCAAGCGGAAGUAGGCAGCAGCAGCACCUCGAUAGCAGUAGGCACAGCCAAACGAACGAACUCUGGCACACACAAAAGUACAGUAGGCUAUGGGAAACUAUCGUCCUUGCUGAAGUUGUCAGCUUGUCGGAUACAACAGGAGAAAGAAAAACUCACGUCACGUAUGAUGAUGGCAGGGAAUGUGUUUUUUCUCUCUCCUUCUCACCAACUACCGUCAGUGACACCUUCAUCGGACGUAGCUUUCCUAGAUGGACCACGUGCGAGUUCGCCACGUGAAUGAAAUUUCUUCGCUAUCUCUCACCCUGUAUCUUUCUGGAAUAUAUCAGCAACUGCUAUUACUUUUUUUUACGGUCGAUCUUUUUUUUUUCUAUCUCUUUUUUCUUCCGCAAAACACAACCAAACACCCAACCAACCCACGAAGGCGGCACAAAACCCGCAUAAAUGGCAAGGAUAUACUUUUAUUACACCAACCUUUUGCGAUCACUGCGGUUCGAUGUUGCACGGGAUCGCGCAUCAGGGUUUAAAAUGUCAAGCAUGUGAUAUGAACGUACACAAACGGUGCGAGGAGAGCGUCCCGAACCUGUGCGGAUGUGACCACACCGAGCGGCGAGGGCGCAUCCAGCUUGCCAUCACGCAUACGGCCAACAAACUCAAUAUCGAAGUGAAACAGGGCCGCAACCUGAUCCCGAUGGAUCCGAACGGUUCGAGCGAUCCGUACGUCAAGAUUAAGCUCAUUCCCGACUCGGACAACGUGAAGAAGAAAACCAAGACCAUCCGGGCGUCGUUGAAUCCGGUGUGGAAUGAAACGCUGGUUUUUGAGCUCAAGGCGGAGGAUAAAGAUCGACGCAUCCUGAUCGAGGUUUGGGAUUGGGAUCGUACCUCGCGGAAUGACUUCAUGGGUUCGCUAUCAUUCGGCAUCUCGGAGAUUCUCAAGAAUCCGGUUGAUGGGUGGUUCAAGCUGCUCACCGCGGAGGAAGGUGAAUACUACAACGUUCCGGUGCCGGAGGAGGGCACCGAUCUGGUGCAGCUUAAGAGCCAAAUGAGAAAAACAUCCAUUUCCAAAAAGAUGCCGGUGCUCGGAGACAAGGACGUUCCUCACAACAUGGGCAAAAAGGAUGUGAUACGGGCUACGGACUUCAACUUCCUGAUGGUCCUCGGCAAAGGUUCUUUCGGUAAGGUAAUGCUGGCCGAGCGGAAGGGAGCGGAUGAAUUGUACGCGAUCAAGAUCCUCAAGAAGGACAUCAUCAUCCAGGACGACGACGUGGAAUGCACCAUGGUGGAGAAGCGAGUCCUGGCCUUAUCCAACAAGCCGCCAUUUUUGGUGCAACUGCACUCCUGCUUCCAGACUAUGGAUCGACUGUAUUUUGUGAUGGAGUACGUUAACGGAGGAGAUCUCAUGUUCCAGAUUCAACAGUGUGGCAAAUUCAAGGAACCUGUUGCGGUUUUCUACUCAGCGGAAAUCGCCAUCGGCCUGUUCUAUUUGCACUCGCGUGGAAUCGUGUACCGUGACUUGAAGCUGGACAACGUACUGCUCGAUCACGACGGACAUAUCAAGAUUGCCGAUUUCGGCAUGUGCAAGGAGGGCAUAGUCGGGGACAAAACUACCAAGACAUUCUGCGGUACACCGGAUUAUAUUGCCCCUGAGAUUAUUUUGUACCAGCCGUACGGAAAGUCGGUUGACUGGUGGGCUUACGGAGUGCUGCUGUACGAGAUGCUAGUCGGACAACCGCCUUUCGAUGGGGAAGAUGAAGAGGAACUAUUCGCCGCCAUUACCGAUCACAAUGUGUCAUAUCCGAAGAGUUUGAGCAAGGAAGCGAAGGAUGUUUGCAAAGGGCUUUUGACAAAGAAUCCACAAAAACGUCUCGGCUGUGGAGCUCGUGGCGAGGAGGACGUCCGUGCUCAUGCCUUCUUCCGUCGUAUCGAUUGGGAGAAGAUCGAAAAUCGUGAAGUACAGCCACCUUUCAAGCCAAAAAUAAAACAUCGCAAGGAUGUGUCGAACUUUGAUCGUCAGUUCACCUCGGAGAAGACGGAUCUAACACCAACCGAUAAGCUGUUCAUGAUGAAUCUCGACCAGACCGAGUUCAAUGGCUUUUCCUAUCUGAAUCCGGAAUUUGUGGAGUACAUCUAAGGAAUUUGCGGAGUGCACCGACUUAGCGCGCAUGAAGGAACCGACUUUUAAGCAGCCCCGUAGACGGGGACCGCCAAACUGUAAAACCCCAGGAAUUAAGUAUAUUCUGCUCAAUUUCAGUGUCGUGCACAUUAUUAGGCAGCGGAGUGUUAGCAAUCCCAAAGAUACAAGCAAAUCCCAGUUUUUAACGUGUAAGAAAGUAUCUGCUUCUACUCCGUAGAAGUUAUUAUAAGCCAUACCUAGCGUCCCAAAGUGUUUCUGAACCACACUUUCGGUCUUCCCUUUCGGAGGCAAAUCCAAAAACGACACCAAAAAAUUUAAGCAUUUCUCAAGCUUUUUCGCCUUCAACUUCCUGUCCCGAACGCUAACGGGCUUCGAUAGUAUUCCUGCAGCAGGACGAUUAUCAAUUCAGGCCAAAAAUUAUAAAAGAAAAAAAAACCUAAUAAUACUGUUAUGUCUAUUGAAAUGUGGCACCUUGUUAUCUACUAUACACAAACACACUUACUCACAUUCUUUUUAUAUUUAAAUGCGAACGCAAUGUGAAUACCCUUUUGGAUUCUUAUUAUAUACACAAACAAAAGGAAGAUCCUAUUCGAAUCAUAAAUGUUGAAAUAAAUUAAGUGGAAAAAUAAUUACAUACCCAGUAGCAGUAGCGAGAAAGAAUAAUUCAGAGAGUAAAGAAUAGUGCACCAAAAUUUCCCCCGUAAGAUUCACCAAAACCAGAAACCAGCGCGCAGUGGCGAGGUUGUUUUCCAAUUCCCCCUUUGGUACCCGCAAGAACACUAAUCAUCACCGCCUACUAAAACCCGGAUGAUGUUGCCAUUUGGGGCGCCUACCUGGAUUGAGUGAAAUUCAACGAAAAACAAUAGUCAAGCUGACAGGCAGACAAGCAGCACUGCUGUCCUCGGGUUCCGCUUGUAUUGAUGAGUUUUCGGUCAAAACUUCCAUUCUUUAGUAGCAAUAAUUAUUGAUAUUUAAGCGAAAUCAUCUCGACUAUGUAUGACUUGUAGGUAAAACAAACAAAAAAAUCGAGAAAUGAAAAAAAAAAACAAAAGAAAAUACAUUAAUAUAUAAUAAAAAAUGAAACAACAAAAUGGAGCUUUAAUCUUGCACUUUAUAUUAUAUAUAAAUGAAAUGAAAAACAGAAGUAUAUUAUCCUUUUUACUGAAAUAACAUACAUUUAAAAGAGUAACUUACUGAAUUAUUAAAUCGUAAUUGUGAUAAUAGUGAAAAUUAAUCAUUUCAACAUAGAUGAAAAAAAAAAAAAACAGGAACAUUUGCCCUGUGGGAUUCCUUUUACGGUAGCUUCCCCGCGCCGGAAGCGUUCCAUACUCCCUCUCUCUAUCAAAUAUACAACAAAAAUCUCACUCACACACAAAAACUCUUACAUACUUACACACACACUAAAUCAUAAAUUGUGCAUGACAACAAAAGAGUACAUUGAGCAUACAAUAUAUUACUAGCAGAAACCCUACAGGAUAGUGAAACUAUGGUAGAAGAGAACGCAGAAUACUGCAUAUAGUAUUGAACUCUAGUAUUUCUACUUAUUAUCGAAGCAAAACUAAGAAACAGAACAAAAAAAAUAUAUUCAUGUCGUAAACAAACAACACACAGAGAGGGAGAGACGAGCAAACUGCGAAAUCUCCUGCUAGGUUAUGUAUCUAACAAAAUAACACGACGCUGGUGGGGCGGGAAACCCGCCUCCGGAGCAAGCAAAAAAAUGGAAGGAAAAAAGGUGUAGUGAUCAUUUGACGCAAGCAAGACAAAGUGGCAGAAAAUCUCACUAUAAUUUUGACAAUCUAAAUGUAGUUAAACUAUAUUAAAAAAAAGCAAAGGAAGAACACAGAUUAGCCUAGGCGUAGGUAUCGGUAUUGAUUUUACUGCAAACCAAAACUAAGGAAGUGGAAAACUUAAAAUUAAAAACAAAAAAGAAAACAUUCCAGUGCUCGCUAAAGCGAGAUCGUAGUUUAGAUCGCAGCAUGCGUUGAUGGAACAAAGGAAAAACUCGUAGAAUAAUCACCCUCUAGAUAUUUUAUGAAACACGCGUCAGUGCAGGAGAGAAUUUCCAGUUGCACCAGAGAUUAUUUAUUCUUAUUUGCUGUGGAUGGAACAAGUUUCGUUGCUUUGUUUCGCGAAGCAAGGAUGAAAAAACAAAGCAAGAAAAUUAAUAGUCACUAAUGUUAAAACCGAUAUUUGUUCGACUAGUUUUGUAAAUGUUGUUGAAUUUGAACAUGUUCUUACUUAUAUUUCUAUACAGCAGUACAGUUCUUGCCACUAUAUACUGAACACUUUAACAAUAUUAAACGGAACAAGUAAUAAAUAAUGAGAAACUAAACGAGAGAGCGCGAAAUAUGCUGAGAUGAAUCCGAGAGUGGCGCCGAAACGUUGCCACGGUUUGAACAGAGAUAAUCUUAACCAUCAACGAAAUCCCACCUUGUACUGGAACUUCUCCAACAAAACAGGCAGGAAACUGAAGCUAUCAGUCAAACAAACAAAAAAGCUAGAAUAUUGUUCUGUUUCUCACUGCAAACACCAACAAACCAAGUUUAGAUGUGCAAUUAGUUCUACGGUCCUUCGUUAGCAAAAGAGAGAGAGAGAGAGAGAGAGAGAGAGAGAGAGAGAGAGAUAGAGAGAGUUCUUUUCUUUCCGAAUCCAAGUAGACCACCAAAAUGCAAUACCACACGAAUACUCAGUUACCAUGUUACAAACAAACCAAAACAAACGAAAAAAACACACACACUUACAUAGUAGGCAACGCAGACGGAAAAUCGAUCGAUCAGCCAAGCAGGAAACAGGCAAACAAUAAUAAACGGAAGAGAUAAAAACAAAAAAAAAAACAACCUAAUGAACCUGAACAUAAAUGCUAAUAAAGUGAGAGUUAAACAAAAGUUUACAAAGCAAAACAAAUAUUUAAUAAUAAAGCAAAAUGUGUAAGGAAAUUUCUAUUUCACCACUGCCUUAAUUUUUAAAUCUAUAACAAUUUGUGAGAAAGUCGCGAAAUCACACACACACACUCACUCAUUCUCAAAAAAAGAAAACACUUGUAUAAAACAGAGAAAAGAAGAAAACAAAGACAAACCGGCGCCCAGCAGCGGCCGUGUGAAACUACUAGAAGCAACAAGUACAGUCUUAUUAUUCUGCUAUGUAUACUAUAUUGAUGGUAUUCGCUGAUAAUAAGUGAACAAACAAACCAAAAACCAAAAAAAAAAUAUCUUCACCCAACUCUGAACGGCAAUACAGAGGCGACGAUUUUAGCCGACCGUUUUACCAUUCAUCGAUUCGAGUUCAAGCUUCAGGAGUGCAAAGUGAAAACAAAAGCAAAAAAGAACAGAUGUAGAGGGAGAAAGAGCGAGAGAAACAAAAUAUUUUAAGCAUUUCCCAUUUCAGUGUUUUUUCUUCCACAUCUCUAAUUGUUAUCAGAUUUUGAAAAAAAAAAAGAUAUCGAUUUGAAUUUAAGCGAACAAAAUAGCUAACUAGCAAUGUUAAGCAGAAGCAUCAUAAGCAUACUCACAAAACUCAAAGCAAGUUUCGGGUGAAGAAGCAGCAAAAAACGGCGGCAAGAAGUUUACCUACAACAACAGCAACAGGUUAGGACACACUUUAAACAAUAGCAAGCAAAGCAAACCAAAACAGUAUAUUAUUAUAGACAGACAAAACAGACAAACUAGUGCAAGCUUUUAAAUAAUCAGUGCAAAACAGCAAAUUCGAUGGCAGUGGGUCGAGAAAAUUUAGCUAGCAUUUACACAUACACCCACACACCUAAACACUUACACCCACACAAAACAUAUGAGAAAUAAUUUCGGCCUCACACUCCGAAAAACAAAAACACUCAACACAAAACAAAACAGAAAAUCGAUCGUAAAUUGUAGUGGAAAGAAAAGGAUAAUCGCCGUGGAAAAGUGAUGAAAAAUACAGCAAAUCAUGAUGGUACUGUUCUUUUAUCUAUAGGAAGAAAAACA